CAGUACGACUUCGUUCCAUUGCUUCUGUGGUCGGACGCGUGCGUUCCAUCGUCCUCAUUUCUCUCCUCCCCCCACCACCCCCACCUGGACGCCGAAUCACCAAAAAGUAGUGCUGGGAGUUCUCUCGAGAGCCAGCAAGGAGGCAGCGCGGAGGCCAGGCCACCGUCGCGUGGCGUCCCACCACCACCACCACCCCAUCGGAUCCCGCGGCGCGCAGAUCCGCCAGCCCCGGCAAUGGCUUCCACGCCGGCGGACGGAGCAGGCGAGCCGGUGGAGGCCAAGGGCAAGGGGAAGGAGGAGGGGGAGAAGAAGAAGGCGGGGGGAGGGGUGCUGGGGAGGAUGUGGCGCGGCCUCUUCGGCGGCCGCGAGGACUACGAGAAGCGCCUGCAGUACCUGUCCAAGGAGGAGGCCGCCGUCCACGCGCGGAUGCGCCGCCGGACCCAGUUCUCCCGCCGCACCGUCCGCAACAUCAUCGUCCUCUCCGUCAUCGCCGAGGCUGUGGCUGUUGGUUAUGCUAUCAUGAUGACAAGAGACGAAGAUCUCACUUGGCAAAUGAGGGCAAUUCGAGUGCUGCCUAUGUUUGUUUUGCCUGCCAUAUCGUCUGUGGUAUAUUCAGCAGUUGUAAACUUCACGAGGAUGCUUGAACGGAAAGAUGAGAAGACACUUGAAAAGUUGAGAGCUGAAAGGAAAGCCAAGAUUGAUGAACUGAAAGAACGGACGAAUUAUUACCUUACCCAACAACUUAUCCAGAAAUAUGAUCUUGAUCCAGCUGCAAAAGCUGCUGCAGCUUCGGUUUUGGCAUCUAAGCUGGGGGCGGAUUCUGGCUUAAGAGUACAUCUUGGGGAAGAACCAAAUUAUGAUGCAGCAGUGGUUAUGAGCAACAAUGCUGAGAUAUUGCCAUCAGAUGGGCUGAGAAACAGGAAGCAGCCCAAUGCAAGAGGCAGCAGGACUGGUAGCACUACAGCUGCUCAUACUUCGGCACAAGGUGUUGAAUCCAGCCCAGCUCUUAAUGCUGGCCUGGAAAACGUACAGCCUACAAGGGUUGUAGAACAUUAUCAAGGUUCUGGGGCAAGUGAUGGUGGAUGGAUUGCAAAAAUCGCUGCCUUACUUGUUGGGGAGGACCCAUCACAGUCGUACGCUUUGAUCUGUGGCAAUUGCCAUAUGCAUAAUGGCUUGGCCCGGAAGGAAGAUUACCCACACAUUACAUACUAUUGCCCACAUUGUCAUGCUCUAAACACAUCAAAGAACUCGAUGGGGCAAUACUCAGGCUCCAACUCAGGCCCAUCGACCCCAGUUGCUCCUGCUGAUGUGAUAUCUGCUACCAGCUCAGUAGUAGAGAGUGAAUUGAUUAAUAUGGCUACAGUGCAGGAGUUGCCAAAGGAAGAACACGCAGAGAAGGAAGUGGAGGCAAGUUGAAGCGGGUCCGUACUAUUACUGUUGAUCUUUGUGAGAUUAGUUCAUAUCGCCGUGUUUGAACUGGUUUGAGCCGCAGAUGUAGCACUGUUGUAAAAUUGGAAAUAGGUGACCUAUAUGAUCCACAGCAAAACCAGUACAAUAAUUGUUUAGCCAGUUUGUCAUGGACACUUGAGAGGACGAAUUUUGUUGGCAAUGGGGACUGCCGGAGUGGAGAAUGGCAACGUGCUGCCUGGCAAGUCGAGGUUGGAAAGCUAUGAGGUGGAGGCGAACAGGUGAGAUCAGUCGGGUGACGUUGCAACAUGGCGGUGGUGUAAAAACAUAGAUAUGAUCGAUGCUUCUAUUUUACCCAUAUUUGUGUGGCAGUUGCUCCGUUGGAGGUGCGGAAGUUUUGACAGUGUUUGGAAAUUUACGGUCACAGCUUCUUUUUGUAAUCUUGAUAGCAUUAUGUUUUGCUGACUGAUGUCUCGUAUCCUUGGAGCGAUGAUGCUCCAACUUGUA